AUGUUUCUACAAAAUAUUCACUCCUUAUUAUAUUUAACAAAAAAUAUUAAAGAUCUUUAUAAAUAUUCUUCUUCUUUAUAUCACAGUUCAUCAAUUAACCAUGGCCAACAAAAAAAUUCAACGUCUUCUGUACCAUUUACAAAUAUGUUUGAUGAUUCAAUAUCACGUUCAUCGAUAUUAAUUAAUCGAUUGACUAAACAUGGUUUUGUCACUUCAAAUAACUUAAAAAUUAGAGGUCCAAUCUUAAUUUUAAAUAAAAAUCUUUUUUUAUGGGAUGUACCCCAAAAGGUUAAUGGUGGUGGGAAAGGUGUUUUUGAUGAAUGGAAUAAAGAUUUUUUAAAGAUUUUUGAAAUUGUAAUUCCAAAACCUGAACUUUUAAUAUUUGGAACUGGUCAAAGGUUUGUUCCAAUUCCUUUAGAAAUAAAAAAUUAUAUAUAUGAUUUAGGAAUGCAAUUAGAUGCUAUGGAUUCGGAUAAUGCUGCAUCAACAUUUAAUGUUCUAACAGAAGAAGGAAGAAAUGUUGCCGCAGCUUUAUUACCAAUCUAUCCAACAAGUGCAAGAACUGAUGCUGGUGUUUAUGAUAUUGCUACAUUACAAGCUGUUGCUUUGCACGAUACUGUUGAAGAUACUAAUACAACAUUUGACGAGGUGACUGCAAAAUUAUGGACACUAAUAAUUACUAUAUUGUAUUGUAUAAUAACACGCCAAGUAUCAGUUGUUUGGUCAAAACAUAGAGUAAUUGCGGUUUCAAAUAAUCAUAGCAUUGAGAAGAAUGUUGUUAAAGAGGAACAGUUUGAUAUUGUAAUGUGUUAUCAAAAGUUUUUAAAAGAUGAUCCGGAUGUUUCUAUGCCAAUUGCCGCUAUAGAAGCAUUAGUAGAGUUAAUUAAGCAUAGCAAAGAGUUUAUGGAGUCGUUAAAAGAUGCAAGUCAAUUACUGAAAUCAACAGUUAAGAAUUCGAUUUCUUUGUCAGCAGGAGCAGAUUUAUUUCUAAGAUUUGUUACAAGGACGUCACAUGAUGUUACUGUUAAGUAUAUCCAAUUAUGUGGAUGUAAUUUUGAAGCGUGUAAAGAGCAUUUGAUGAAUAGUGGCAAGGUUUUGGUAGAGAAGGCUACAGCAGCUCGCCAUAAAAUUGCUGAAUUGGGAACAACUAAGAUAUUGAGAAAGUAUGGUAUUCCAGCAAUAGUAAUACUCGACACAGCUGCUGGGUAUAUUAUUGAUAAAGUGGAUGCUGUUUUUGUUGGUGCUGAGGGAGUUGUAGAAAAUGGCGGAUUAAUUAAUGCGAUUGGCACUUAUCAAUUAGCAAUAGUAGCCAAAGCUGCUAAUAAGCCAUUUUAUGCAGUAAUUGAAAGCUAUAAAUUUGUUCGAAUAUUUCCACUUAACCAAUACGAUCUACCAACUCACACACCAGAUUUACUAACAUUUCCAGAUCUGGAAAACAAAAUCCAUGUAAAAAAAAUAGGAGAAAGUAAUGAUGAUGAUGAGACAAAAAUUGAUCUUGGUGUUUUGACACCUUCUGGUGUCAGUGAUGAAUUAAUUAAAUUGUAUUUAUAA